GCACAAUUCGAAACAAGCGUUCCAAACUAGAGCAGCUCAACUGCGCCAUGCAGGCAAGCAAGAGUUCUCCAGCGAAUCACAACGACGGACGUAACAUAUCCGUGGACAUGUACCCGUUCGUACGCAAGUACGAGGACGGCAGCAUCGAGCGUUUCCUGCGCAGUCCAUUCGUGCCGGCGUCGUCGGAUCAGGCCCGCAACCGUGGGGUGGCGACGAGGGACGUCGUCGUCGACAAGGCCACCGGCGUGUCUGUGCGCCUGUUCCUCCCGUCCGGUGCCGCCGAGACCGCAGGCAGGAAUCGGCUUCCUCUCGUCAUCUACGUCCAUGGCGGCUCGUUCUGCACCGAAAGCGCUUUCGGCCGGACGUACCACCGCUACGCGACCUCCCUCGCCGCCUCUGCCGGGGCCCUCGUCGUGUCGGUGGAGUACCGUCUGGCGCCGGAGUUCCCCAUCCCUGCGGCCUACGACGACGCGUGGGCCGCGCUCCAGUGGGCGGCCUCCUUGUCCGACCCGUGGCUGGCCAGCUACGCUGACCCCGCGCGCACGUUCCUGGCCGGCGACAGCGCCGGCGGCAACAUCGUUUACCACACGGCAGUCCGCGCCAGCCACGAAGUCAACAACGAGAUUAUGGACAUCGAGGGGCUGAUCAUGGUGCAACCUUACUUCUGGGGAGCCAAGCGGCUGCCUUUGGAGCUCGCGUGGGACGACAACGAAACCACCGUGGCGGUGUUCCCGCCGAACGGGGUGGACCGGCUCUGGCCGUUCGUGACGGCCGGCCAGGCCAGCAACGACGACCCCCGGAUCGACCCUCCGGCCUCGGAGAUCUCAUCGCUGGCUUGCCGCCGCGUGCUCAUCGCCGUGGCCGGGAAGGACAGCCUGCGGGGCCGCGGCCACCGCCUGGCGGCCCGCAUGCGUGAUCUCGACUCGCGCUGGCCUUGGAUGAUCCAGCGGCGCCGCCAGGUGACGGUGGUGGAGUCGGAGGGCGAGGAGCACGGUUUCCACCUCUACAGUCCGCUGAGGGCCACCAGCAAGAGGCUCAUGGGGAGCCUCGUGGAGUUCAUAAACCAGCAGCCCACCUCGCCGCCUGCGAAUCCGAUGGUGGUGCUAGGCGUGCCCACGACGCCGUGCAAGGACGUGUUUGGGUAUGGCAUGGCCAUGAAGGCCUGGUGCACACGGUCCAGUAUGCCACGUAACACUGCUACUUCAUUGAAGAUUGGAAGGGUUGGGCCAUCCAACACAAGAUAUAGGUUAAUCUCAGGUCGACUGCGGAUGACUGCUGGUAACGCUCAUCACAAAGAUCUAUUAUCUGCUGCAGUUCCGUGGAGUUGUGUGAUCAACAACUUCUUCUAGAUGACAGCCGGCCUCAUAACGCAAAAAUAAAUGGGAAACACUUACAUACAGUUUCUAGUCUCCUUUUGGACCAUUAUGAAAGGGGUUAAUGCCCGGUUCAAAAAAAAAACACUUACAUA